UGCUGUCUGGGGACUUGGACACGCUCAGGCAGUUUGCGGUGAUUCCUUCGACGAGGCGGUUGCAGGUCGGCUCUCGAGUUGGUCGGAAAAUCAGUUACGGGAUCCGUUCGAGUUUGGGGCAUCCAAGGGCUCUGCCAUGGAUCUCAAGACUGGCUCUCUCCUGGUAGCGCCCGCCGUGAAGAACUCGAGCUGCUCGCAUCCGCGCUACUCCGGCCACAACUUCAUCGCCCACAUCGGCAUCGCGGAGACCAUCGAGGCGGUGCUCAUCCUGGUCCUCACACUGGGCGUCAUCGGUGCCAACUGUCUGGUCAUCUUCGUCAUCAACAACCGCCGCUAUGCGGCCUACAUACACCAACAGCCCCGCUAUCUGCUCACCUCGCUGGCCCUGAAUGACCUGACAAUCGGUCUGCUAAUUACGCCAUUCGGUCUAAUGCCGGCAUUGUUCCACUGCUGGCCGUACGGAGAGAUCUUCUGUCAGAUACAGGCCCUGCUCCGUGGAGCGCUUUCCCAGCAGAGCGCCGUCAUCCUGGUCUGCAUGGCAGUCGAUAGAUACAUGUGUGCCCUGCAUCCGCGGCGCUACUACCAGCACUCCAGCAAGAAGGGCUGCGUGGCCAUACUGAGCUUAACCUGGAUUAUCAGCCUGACGGUGUUUGGCUUUCUGGUGCUGCCCAAAGGUUACUACUUCAACAAUACGGGUCUAAUGGCCUGCGAGCCCUUCUACAGCAAGCCAUCGUACAGGAUACUGUCCACGUGCGCCCUCUACUUCCCCACCACGAUGGUGCUGAUGUACUGCUACGGCUCCAGCUUCCACAUGAGCCGCUUCCGGCUAAACGACCCGACCAUGCCCCUCACGGCCGCCGCCCACCACCCCCAUCCGCACCCGCACCCCACCGCCGCCCAGCAGCUGCAGAUGCACCAGCAGCACCAACAGCACCCGCACCACCAGCAGGCGGGAAUGCACUCGCACCUAUACCACGGCCACUCGCACCACCCCAACCACCCAAGCCAUCCGAACCACCACGGCCAUCCACACCACCACGGACCACCGGUGAUGGGCCAUCUCAGCAUGGCCAUGAGCAUGGGACUGGCCGGCAUGCCGAACAUGACAAACAAGAUUACCAAAAAGAUUGUUCCCAUCCAGGAGAAGAACUCCAGCGGCUGCACCUCGCGCUCCAUGGCCGCCAUCUCGCUGGGUUUCAUUGUGAUGGUCACCCCAUGGACGAUUCAGGAGAUAGUCACCGCCUGCACGGGAUCCAAGCUGCCGCCGUUCCUCGAUUUCCUGGUCACCUGGACGGCGCUGAGCAAUAGUCUGUGGAACCCGUUCAUGUACUGGCUGCUGAACUCCGACUUCCGGCGCCUCAGUCGCCAGCUGAUGCCGAACAAAUGCUUCCCCCACGAGGAUACGCCCGAGCACAAAUCAGGCUGUUGUCACAUCAAUGCUAACGAUUUCGAAAUCACAACGCUUCCGAUUCCCCCGGAACCCCCCUCAUCCCGUCCUCCGGGUGGGGCAGGAGGAGCAGGAGGUCCAUCCAGCGGAGGAGCCAGCUCUGGCGGCGGAGUGGCCAGUUCGAUUAGCGGCUCCGUCCUGGGGAUCUGCGCCCGCUCGCGAACAAACAGCCUCAGCCGCAGUGCCUCCCAGUACAUCCGAGGCACCAUGGGCGGCGGAGGAGUCCACAACCACCAGGCGACGGAGGCCUUCUCCACCACGCGGCCGGACAUCGAGGGCCUCUCCGAAAAGUACUGGGGCGAGAUCCUAGAGAGAACCGUCAGCUCGGGCAACCUAAACGCCAUGCAGAAGCACCUGCCGCCCCACCUGCCCUACACCCACCACCUGGUCCACCAGCUCCACCAGCCGCAGCAGCACCACCAGCAGCAGACCACCUCCUUCAGCAAGGCCAGCGAUCUGCAGCUGAACCUGAAUCUCAGCCAGGCGGCCACAGCCGCCGAGCUGGGCAAGUUCUCCAACUCGGAGCCGAAGCUGUGCGAGCACCUCUUCCACGACGUGAACUGCGCCAAAAGCAAGGCCGCCAACGGGGAACAGGGGGAGUCCUCCGGCAAGCUGGCCUGCGGCCGCAGCAUUCCGGACAUCUAGUACGCCGAGGACGUGAUCCUGGCCAAGAACCAGCUGCUGGCCAGGCAGGCCAAGUGCUCCCACCAUCCGCUGCACCAGCAGGCCAAGACUCCAAGGCUCCAUUCCCACACGGGCAGCCUGCGCUUCAGCCGGAUUCGCGCCGCCUGCCACAGUCCGCCGCCGGAGAAGUCCGGCUUUCCCAUGGCCGAGUACCGCAAGUAGGAUCACAGAGCGCAUUGGGGUCAAGGAUGCCAGGAAACGGGUUUCCAGGAUGCAAGGAUUCCCCAGUUUCCCCAGUAUAUAUGGUAUAACCAUGCAAAGUGUAGGGAGAAUAGGAAGAAUAGGGAGUGAGAGCGAGCGAGUAUCUAUAAGAUUCCAUAAGUGUAUGUGCGUGUGAGUGUCUAUAUAAUACCGCAUGAUCAAACCAUAAUAUGUGUGUUUUCUAUUAGGCUUAAGAUCUAGCAGGUCCUACGGUCGGGUUUUCAAUUCCAAGUCUCUGAGAUUCGCAAAGUAGCCCACGGAUUGUGGAUUGCAGCCAAGAAGAUAGCACCCAUCCUCAGAUAAUCCACUUUCUAUAUCCAUCUGAGAACUUCUAUUAGCCAGACUGCUCCUUUCUUUAGAAUACCUGAUCUGGGGGAUCGGAAUUAGCCGAGAUAAGCAGAAGUUAACCAUAGUAAGUGUUCAUUCAAUGUUUGUGAUACCCUAAGUUUCCCAGCCCAACAUACGAGUAACAUAUAAUAUAAUAUAAUCCUAGUUGUUGUGUGUGUGCGUCGGCUAACUUAAACGUAGGCUAGAUGGAAAAACAGAGAUAUCAGACUUUCCUCUACAAAACCCUCGACAUUCGGAAACCCUUCUCUAAAUUCACCACCUCCUAAGGAUCAACGAUAAAGGAUCAAGGAUCUACGUAGUUUCUGAUAUUGGCGGACCUUCAAGCGUUGUGGUUAAUCAUAGUUGUAGUUCCAUAGCUCGAGUCGUAUCGUAUACCGUAUACCAACUUACUCACAGUUCGACGAAUCAAAAUCAAAUCCUAACUUUGUGAUUGUCAAGAAUUUAGGUCGGUUUAGGUCGGUGUGGACAUUACUGUUGAAUCAUUUUUAAUUUGUAGCUAAGUAAUUGACUAGUUAAAGCCAAAUAAAUUUACAGUCUAAGUAAGUCUAACUUUAGUUAACUAAAUAAACGCGAAAACGCGAGGUGUGUAACGAAUAUAUUUCAUAGGCAAGGCAUUCAAAUCGAAAUAAAUAAAUAUCACUAAAGCGA